AUGAGUCAUCCCAAACUCGAUUACCUUAAGCAAUUUGUAAAUAAAAAUGACCCUAGAGAAGAAUAUAAAGUUAUUGCUAACAUUGGAAGCGGGACAUAUGGGGAUGUAUUUAAGGCAAUACAUAGAGAAACUAGAGAAUUUGUGGCUGUUAAAAUUAUGAAGAUUGAUUUUAAGGAUGAUAUUAGAGCUAUAUGCCAAGAAAUUCACACGCUACGUGAAUGCAGACAUCCGAAUAUAGUUCAGUUCUUUGGAAGCUACCUUCGCAAUAAUAAAUUGUGGAUAUGUAUGGAGUAUUGCGGUGGCCAGUCAAUGCAAGACAUCUACCUAUAUACCCGUCAGCCUUUGGCUGAAGAUUGCAUUGCCUUUGUAUCUAAAGAAACGCUCCAAGGACUGAGCUUCAUGCAUGGAUUGGGCCGCAUUCAUAGAGAUAUAAAAGGUGCCAAUAUCUUGCUGACGGAUGAUGGUCGAGUGAAAAUAGCGGAUUUUGGUGUGGCUGCACAGUUAAAUACAUCAGCAGCCAAGAGAACUACACUGAUAGGGACGCCUUAUUGGAUGGCACCAGAAGUUGCUUCUGUUGAAACUCGUGGCAAUGGCUACGAUGCGAAAUGUGACGUAUGGGCAGUAGGUAUCACUUCCAUCGAAUAUGCUGAAUUACAGCCCCCUAUGUUUGAUCUGCAUCCAAUGAAGUAA